AGCUCUUCAACACCUUCAACACCAAUCGCAAACCAUCACCACCACCUCUCGAUCAACACCACACAAUCUCUACACGAAAAUCGUCGCGUAAAGAUACACAACUUAACUUCUGAAAGAGCCAUCGAAGCUCUAGCCUCUACAAUGGCCGCUCACGAAUCCCAAAUGCCCUUUAUCCGCAACCUCGCCUCAAGCGACCGCAAACUCCGCACCGCAUCUCUCGAAUCCCUCUCAACAUUCCUCUCCUCCCGAACUACCCUCUCCGACACAGACGCCCAAAAGCUCUGGAAGGGCCUCUUCUACGCGCUCUGGAUGACGGACCGUCCAGUGCCUCAGCAGCGUCUCGCAGCCGACCUCGCCAACCUCCUCUUCACGCUAAAGCCCGCUUGCGCUAUCCCCUGGCUGCGAGGGUUCUGGGUCGUGGUUGGCGCCGGGUGGACUGAUAUCGACGUCUUGAGGCUGGAAAAGUUUUUGUUGCUCGUGAGAAGGGUUUUUGCUGCGCAUGUUAGGCUUGCGAGGGAGAGGGGAUGGAAGGAUGGUGACGUUGAGGCUAUUGUUGGCGUGUUGGCCGAGUACCCUUUUGAUGUUGAGGGAGACUUGAGAAAAUCACCUGUGGGAAUUAGACUGCACGCGCUCGACAUCUGGGUCGACGAGCUGGAGCGCGAGCAAGCCCUCAAGGACGAGGCCGCGGCGGGUUUCGUCAAGGCUGUUGGAGAACUGGUGCAGGCUCUGAAGCGAUGCCCCGUCAAGCCCGCGAGAGAGCGAGCGGCUGAUAGCUACGAGGAUGAGAGGCUUCCAUGGGCCGAGGCUGGUAGUGACCGUGAGGCGAUGGACGAGGAUGAUGAGGAAUGGGGUGGUUUCGAUGAUUAG